CGAGAGGUACUGCGUCGACGCGCAGUCGCCAGGUGAGGCAACGACGACGACGUGUUCGCCUCGUUACGCUCAGCCGGGGAAACAUACGGUUAGUGUUGCAAAGAACUUUGCGACUUUCGACGCGAAGGCGCUCCGUUCGAGCGUGCGUUCCAAGAAAACGGAAAGAGAAAGAGAUACGGGAAAAAGUAAAACAGAGCAUCUCGUCCGCGGACCUCGAUUUUUCAAUUAUUCCAGGUGUGCUCUCAUCAGUUAAAUCGCCAUUGCCAUAACCUCAAACCGCCGCGUUCGCCGUUCCGUGAAAAACAUGUCGCGCGUAGUGGAUAAUCAGUGAGUAAUCAGUGAUAAGGACGUCUCAGCAUCGAGACGUCGUGCGAGAAGUGUGUGCACGAUCGAAACAGAGAGGGCAGGAGGGGGAAGGGGGAGAAAAGGAGCAGAAUCGACGAGCCGCUUCCGAGCUGCCAGGUGUGCGCGGCUCCCACGGGAACAAUGACGGGGACAAGGACGGGAGGAGAUGGUGGAGGAGAAGAAGGUACGCCGAAUAUCCUGGUCGCCCUUUACGUGGCGACCGCUGGCCUUCAAGGAAAUGCGCUCGGCUCUGACGAGGAAGAGAUCACGCUACUCGUUUACGUGCUCAUCGACGAGCUACAGAAUAAGGUACUAGGUAGGCAGCAGUAUAUCGUACGACCGAUGAUAAUGGAGGAAAGUUGUACUUCUGGAACCGGUAGUGACAACCCGGCGAUUGCCGGAAGUAGCGGUAUUAUUGGCGAGGCAGCGCUGGCACAUGCUCCAGCCUUAACUGAACGAAAUCUUCGAGAAUAUGGGAUAUCUCUGCAGCAAACUAUCGACAAGUUUGAUGCCUGGUGGAGCUCUAUGUCUGGUGUCACGUUUGGUGCUAAACCACGAUUCGUCGUAGAUGGCCAGGCGCCGAUGAGGCAGUGUCUUCAUCCGGAAGCCUGCAACAAAGAAAUCAAAUUACCGGAACAUUAUAAUUAUUUCCACGAUCUCCGGAAGGAAUUCGUAGAGUGCUAUUCAUCUUAUGGAGAAUUAUCCACUCUCGGAGUACAAGAAAUGCUGCAAUAUUUCGGACUGCCGCCUGACACCGACAAUGAUUUUCAUGUUAAAGAAAUACAGGACAUGGUGAAUGUAAUACAGAGAAUGAUCAAAGAUGGUCACGUUUUUAAAAAUCCAGAAGUAGUUAACAUUGUCUUAGAACCUGGUAUAUGCUCUAAGGGUGAAGAAGUGGACAAUGACUGUGUAGUAAGAGCACGUGGUCUUCCUUGGCAAUCUUCGGAUCAAGAUAUUGCAAAGUUUUUUCGUGGGUUAAAUGUUGCCAAAGGUGGUGUAGCUCUUUGUUUAAGUCCUAUGGGAAGACGUAACGGCGAGGCAUUGGUACGAUUUAUUAAUAAAGAACACAGAGACAUGGCGCUGAAACGACAUAAACAUCAUAUGGGUGCACGUUACAUAGAGGUUUACAAAGCCUCUGGAGAAGAUUUUGUUGGCGUUGCUGGCGGUACGAGUGGGGAGGCGCAUGCUUUUCUGUCACGUGGGGCUCAAGUUAUCGUUAGAAUGAGGGGCUUACCAUAUGAUUGCAUUGCUAAACAAGUGCUGGAAUUUUUUCAAUCCGGACAAAAACCAUGUCAAGUGUUAGAUGGCGAGGACGGAGUAUUAUUUGUAAAGAAGCCUGAUGGUAGAGCAACAGGUGAUGCUUUUGUUUUAUUUGCAAAGGAGGAAGAUGCUGUAAAGGCUCUGAGCAAACAUAGAGACUGUAUUGGCAGUCGAUAUAUAGAACUCUUUCGAAGUACAACCGCAGAAGUGCAACAAGUCCUAAACAGAGCAACUGAUCCAAAACAAGUAAUAUUACCACCACCACCUAUUACACAACUUCCACCCUUGCUUCCUCAACAUAUCAUUACAUCUGGUACACGUAAAGAUUGUGUUAGACUUCGUGGUUUGCCUUAUGAAGCGCAAGUAGAGCACAUUUUGGAUUUUAUGGGUGAACAUUCCAAAAAUAUUGUUUAUCAAGGUGUUCAUAUGGUUUAUAAUGCACAGGGUCAACCGUCUGGUGAGGCAUUUAUUCAGAUGGACAGCGAGGCAUCGGCAUAUGCGUGCGCAUCGCAGCGACAUCAUCGGUAUAUGGUCUUCGGCAAAAAGCAGCGAUACAUCGAGGUAUUCCAGUGCAGCGGCGAUGAUAUGAAUUUGGUAUUGACAGGUGCGGUAACACCGCCGUCGACCAAGGCGCUACUAUCACCCGGUACGUUGACCACACAAACUUCCGCGACCUUGACGCAUCCGUCUGCGCCGACAGCGAUGCCGGUACCGGUACCGACAGCGCAACCACCGCCACCAUCCCUAUGGGACAUUCACGCGCUGGUACAGGCCCAAGCUGCGCAACACGCGCAAGCGCAGGCUGUCCAAGCGCAAGCCGCCCAGGCACAGGCUAUUAGGAAUCAGGAUUUGUGGUUGAUGGCUUUGGCGUCGAACUCGUGUCCUACCUCGACUACCUCUGCUUCACCUACUCCGACAGCCGCUGCUGCCGCCACGAGCAAGUCUCUCGCUCUACAGAGCCAGAUUCCUGCCGCUUAUGCGAUGGCAUCUCCGACGGCUGCCGCGGUCGCAGCCGCUGCGGCGUUUCAUGCGCCAUCGGCAAGCUCGGCGGCAGCAGCAGCGGCAGCGGCAGCAGCGCCAUUUUUGCUUUUCAACGUUCAUCCCCAUCAUCCCCGUAUACCUAUUUUACGAGCGCCGACGUCGCAUGGGUUAUUGGCACCUAUCGCUAUGGCCGCUACGCCGACGUUAAAUCCGGCCUCAAUAAUAAGCUUGAAACGAACGUGGGAUGCCACUUUUCCCACUAACGCGGCGAACAACGUCGCCGCAAAACGUCCAACCUGGCACGCACCGGCUGCAGCGUUUCACGCGCCGGCUCCGGCCACGACGCCCAGCUUGCCUUACCCAGCUCAAUUUUAUCCCCAGAUCUGAUGCAUUAUUGCAUCGCUAUGUUUGGUCAUUAGCGUGUUUUUAUAAAUUUCUUCUAGAGUUUCAUGUAAGGAGAAUGAUAAUAAUCAUCUCAUUUCUCUGAUGAGUCUCUGUUGGAUGAACGAGAAUUUCUUAUACACGCGAAAUAUAUAUUCGCCAUUGCUACUAUUGCUGAAGAUCGCUAAUUGUUACGACUUAUUUUUUUUAAAUUUAUAUAUAUUCUUAGCGAAUACAUAUCAUAAUUAUUCGCGAUAUCUUCGUAACAUUCCGUUUCAUAUUCCAAGCAAGUUUAACAGAACGUCAUUUACAACGUUUGUUCAGAUAAUAAAGAAUAGUUUUGGAAUGUUUUUUUAUAAAUUUCGGCAUUUUUUUACUUACACAACGGUACUUAAAAUAAUACCGCGAAAUCCGAUUUAUUUUUCUUAUCCUGAUGCAUUUAGGCAGCAAGCUUAAUUUUAGUAAGCAUGUUAAUUAUAUACAUAUACAUAUAUAUAUAUAUAUAUAUAUAUACAUACAAUACAUGGUAUAUAUAAUUCCACUUAGCGUGCGCAUAUAUUCUUUUUUUUGUAAUUCACGGAGAAUUUGUGUUCACAGAGUGCCUAAGAGAGAUCAUGUCAUAAAAAAUUCACGUUUGUUUACGUGAACGUAAAGUGCCUUAUUUAAAGUAACAUAAACAUGAAAUAUUUUGUCUAAUUCUCUAAAUUUUAAUGAGCUACAUGUAUGUAUGUGUUUUUUUAAUAUAUACAUAUACGUAGAGCAUUUCAAAAUUAUCGUGGUACAUACACAACUUACAUUUUUGAUUUUUAUAAAAAAUGAAUAGGUUUUUUUUAGAAACAGUAAAAUUGUUAUCAGGUAUUUUGUACCAUAAAUAUAUUCUCUUAUUGAUAUAUCAGAUAUUAAAGUCUGUGAUUCUCUGGUAAUUAUUUAACAUUUUUAUUAAAAUAAAAUGUGAGAUUUUACAAUAAUGUAUUAUUCACAUUGUUUUGCGUUAUAAUUGUGACAUUUAGUAGUAAUUGCAAAUAUUGACUUUAAUGUCUGAUAUCUCGUAAUGACAGUGAAAAGUGCGGAAUGAAAGAAUAUUUAGUGAUUCAAAGAAAGUAAAUCGGUUAGAGAUAAAAUAUAUAUUAUAUGUGUUUACGUAUAUUUACAUAACAUACAUAUACAUAUACAUAUAAUAUAAAUUGUUUCUCUGACAAUACUGAUUUACAGGUUCUUCUCGGAUCACUAAAUAUUCUCUCGUAUGUGCGUGUGUGUAAUAAUUUAUAUUUUGCUAGAAAUAUAUUUACUAUAGUAUGUAAGUGAUUAGUAAACAUUCCAUACGAUAUUACAUAUUUUGAAACUCUAAAAUAGUAUAGUAGAUUCUUUUAUACACGUAGAAUUUAUUACGCGCUAAUAUGUUACAGUCUGUGUGUGUAUGUGUGUGUAAAUAAAAUUUCAUUACAAAUUAUUCGUGAACGAAUAUGAAAUAGUUUACCGUUAAUUCAUUUCGUCACGAAUUUAUUUUUCUUUUUUCUCUUUAUGAUUAUGACAAAUUUUCUCUAGAAAUUAUAUGUGAAUUAAUUUCUAAGGAGCUAUAUGUGAAUCAAUUUCUAUUUACACACAAAACUUGUUUUGCUCUAUUUAAUACAUUUGGGCAAAAAAAAUGUACACGCACGUAUAUGUAGCGUUCAUUGCACUUAAUACAUGUCAUUAUGUGAUGUGUAUUAGUAUAUUUGUCAUCAAUUUAACGAACUUUAACGUAUACGAAAGUGACCUAUACUACUAACUCAAUCGUGUAUAAUUGAUAUUUUAUUAUGUCGAGAAAGUAUGCACACCAUUAAUAAUCGGAUAGUUUUGAAAAGUAUCCAAGAUAAUAACGGAGAAUGAAAUAGUUGAAUUAAACACCGGUCCUGUACGCUCACACAGCUUGUGAUUUAACUGUGGUGUCGGCGGUAUUUACUCUUUUCAUAUCUAUGGCUUACGACCUUUAAUAUCUUUGUGAUGAUGUAGUUGGUAAGAUCAUUGAGACACAGAUGGACAGAAUGAUGUACUAUAACUUGAGCAACGGUUUCAUCGGAAAUGCACCUUACCGAUUUUAUUCUUGUAGAUGGCUGAUAUUACACACACACACACACACAUAUACAUACACAUACAUACAUAUGUGUGUGGCGUGUGCGUGCGUAUGUGUGUGUGUGUGUGUGUGUAUAUAUAUAUAUAUAUAUAUAUAUAUACACUCGCACUGCCAUGUCAAUAACUAGAACUUUCAUCAUUGGUAUCGUGUUAUUAAUGUGCUUUAGAAAAGAAAAAGAUAACGAUUUUCACGUAUGUAGACGAUCUUGUUUCACGGAUCGCAAACUACUGUUUUAGCAGUUUCACUUCUUUCUCUUGCCACGUUUUUUUAUUAAUAACAUUAAAAUAAUGGAAUAUAGCUAUAUAAGUGCAUCGACAUAAGGGAGGCGGUCAUUAUUACUAUUCCACAAUCUAAUGUCUAGAUAUGCGAUUCUGGCGGAUUUUGGAAAUCAUGUGGUUUUGUGGGGGAAUACAUUUUCCUCCUAUACUUUAACUAUUCUGAAAGACGAUCGAAAGACAGACAAACUCCUGGUUUUUAUCCUCAGUUUUCUUUCUAUACAUGAUAUUUUUUCUUUGUGUAUGACACACAUUAUAAACCAGAAACUCCAGGCAUUAUUCUACAAGAAUGCUCUUCUCGUUCUUCUCUCGAAUCAUUUCGUGAGUUUCUCUAUUUAUCACGCAAUGCGUGAUUCUAUAUAAUUAUCUUACUUUCUACAAGAGACAGAUACAGUAAAAUCAUAUAGAAUUGGAUUAAAUAUAAUAAUAAUAAUAUACAUAAAGAGCGCAAUAAUCUUAGUUCUAUUUUGUCAUAGCAGUUGCAGAAGAAUAUCUGCCAACAUACAUUAUUUAUUCUAAAUCCGAUUCUUGUCUAUUAAUAACGUAAUUAUUCAAGAAAAUAUUAUUUAAAGUUCUUGAAGAAUUGAGGAUCAUCCAUUUUUUUCUUUUUUUUUUUUUAAAGAAAAUGAAUUGCGAGCAUAAUUGCAAAGUAGAUUGUUCUUUAAUUUCGAUUUAUUCUGAGUAAAAUGACUACUAUUUAAUAUAGAUAUUAUACCUAUGAUUUUACAAGGGACCAACAAAUAAAAUAUAAUACGCUAUUAAUUGUCAGUAAUCGGACAAAGGAAAAAAAAAUCUUCAACAAUAGUGAAGAUGCAUAUAUUAUCAAUCAUUUUGAUUAUUAUAUAAUUGGAUUGUGCAUUUCUGAAAUCCUUAAAAUAUCGGGGCCAUUACAUUCAAUUCGACUUUACAUAGCAUUACCUAAUUUUUAUCAUAGACAUAGCAACAGCGAGACGAUGCGAAACGGAUUGGUGUGUUACCAAAUCAGGCUAUUUGUAUAGAUACAGAUAUCGGAUACAUAGUGGAUGCAAAUUGAACGAUGAGGGAUCUCGAUAUGCACUAAUGUCAUUUCUGCAUCGUUCUAUAGGGGUGUAUCUCGGAGUGUUUAGUAUAAGUGUAUAGAGCGCGCGUGCAAAUGUUCUAAGCAUAACUAAACAAUUAACACGCAAACAUAAUGAAUAUGUACACAAUAUAUUUUGUGUUUACAUAUAUAUAUAUAUAUAUAUAUAUAUAUAAACAUGAAAUAUUUACAAAUAUACAUAUAUAUUUCUAACACAUACAUAAACAUACAUGCAUACACACAUAUUCAUACAUACAUACAUACAUACAUACAUAUAUAUUUUUAUGCAUAUAUAUAUACAUACAUAUAUAUAUAUAUAUAUAUAUAUAUGUAUGUAUGUAUGUAUGUAUGUAUGUAUGUAUGUAUGUAUGUAUGUACGUAUGUAUGCAUGUUACUGGUUGUGAAACAUUAUUAUAAUGUGUGUGUUUCAAAACCAAUAGAUGUUUAAUAAUUGUUCGGUCAAUUUUAAAUAGAUUUCAGUAGAUUAAAUAGAUUGCUUUAGCAAUAAUGUUAUAGAAAAUUUAUUGCAAAAUUCUAAUUGCUUUUAUUAUUUAUCUAAAUAAACUUUAAAUUAAAAUUUUAUUAAUAUAAAUUCCAUUCUUAUGAACUUAAUUAAAAAAUGUAAUUUUAUUAUUCUAUUUAUCUAAAUUUAUAAAUUUUAUUUAUCUCUUCCAAAGAUUUGUUUGCGAAAAGAUUUUUUUUGUUUGGUAAUAACUUAAAAUAUUGAUUUUGAUUGACUCGACAUUUUUACUAACGAAAUAUCGAUUAAAAAUUAGCCAACAAAUUUGUCAUUAAAAUAUAUGUGGUUAAAAUAUAUGGUUUUGGAACACUUUAUAUGUAUACAUAUAUUUUUUAUGUAUAUAUGUAGAGUGAGUCCGGAAAGUUAUGACAAAUUUAAAGCAGUAGUAGAUCUUGUUAAAUUGAACAAUUUUUAAGUAAUCCAUAUCCGACGACGCCUUCUUAAAGAUAUGAUUUUAAAUUUUGUUUUUUUUUUAUAUUAAUGUACAAUAGAUGUGUUCAAAUAGCGACUCUUAAUCAAGUUAUAAGUAUUGUGCUUGCAUUGAUUAACAAUGCAUUGAUUAAUAUUUAAUAUCUUAAGGAGGCAUUGCUGAAUAUAGUUUACUUAACAAAAAAUAUAACAGGAUUUAUCAUUCUUUUAAAUUUGUCGCAACUUUCCGGAAUUAUUCUGUACAUAUGUACAUAAAUUUGUUAUUUGAAUCAAUAUUUCUUUUUUUUUCUUUUUUUUUUAAAGAUAUAGGACAACAGCUGCACGUAGUAUAUACAUAUUAUCUAUACAUACGCACAUUUACACAUGUGACAUCUCAGUCAGUAUAAUUUCUCUUUUUUUAUUUCCUGUAUACACUGUAUAUCGACGAUUUUAUAUCGACAGUCGAGAAGGAUUAUGUUUAAUAAAUGUGCCUUGUGGAGAUAUA